AUGUUAGAUUCGCUUACUUUCCUUCUGGAGAAAGUUUUCCUCCUUACUCAAUUCAAUAUUUUCAGUUUUAUUCCGUCACAAGGAGACAAGGAGAAGUGCGCGAGACACUACGAAGCAGGCAGGAAUUUACAGCGAGGGGACCUCUUAGAAGUCCCACGGACUUUGUUUGUCCACUUCGGAAUCUAUCUGGGUGAUAACAAAGUUGCACAUAUGAUGCCUGAUAUCAUGCCAGUUCUGACGAGAAACAAGUCACGCAUUCAGAAAGUGGUCAAUAAUAAACGCCUUCUUCUCGGAGUACUGUGUAAAUAUGCCACUAUCCGGAUAGACACAUUGGAAGACUUUGCAUAUGGAUCACCAGUUUUACUGAAUACGAUGGACAGCAGUUUAAAAAAGCAGCCACUACCGAAUGAGGAUGUAGCAAGGAGAGCGGAGAUGCUUGUCGGCAGAAUUCCUUACAGUCUCCUGUGGAAUAAUUGCGAACAUUUCGUGACGUACUGCAGAUAUGGCACUGGGUUCAGUUUGCAGACGGACAAGUUUUGUGAGUGGCUGAAAUCUGUUAUCCGGGACCAGAGGAGUGUUUUUCUUACAGCGCUUCUUGGAACAUUGUCCAUCAUUUUCUUGGGAAUGGCGCCGUCCACCGCCCUUCCAGCGCUCCUCAUACCGUUUACUCUUUGGAUGGCCGGGUAG